AUGGCAUCGGCACACCAUGGGCGGAAUAGCAAACAUCCCAAACCCUCCCGCAGCAAUGCCAGAAGUCUUAAACGAAAGCGGGAUGAGGUGGACCUUUCAACGCUCGCACAACGGAUUGACGAGCUUGAUGUCAAAGCUUCAUUCGAAGCAUUUUCCGACCUCCCUCUCUCAGAACCCACCGCGGACGGCCUCUCCGCGUGCCAUUUUAAAUCGUUGACCGAUAUUCAAGCCAGGGCGAUACCGCAUGCUCUCAAGGGACGAGAUAUCCUGGGCGCCGCAAAGACUGGAAGCGGGAAAACACUUGCGUUUCUCGUUCCUCUCCUGGAGUUGCUAUAUCGAAAGCAAUGGACGGAAUAUGAUGGGCUGGGAGCGUUGGUGCUGUCGCCUACUCGCGAGCUGGCGAUCCAGAUAUUCGAAGUGUUACGGAAGAUCGGUCGCCAUCAUACCUUCUCGGCUGGGUUGGUAAUUGGCGGGAAGGGUUUGCAGGAGGAACAAGAACGGCUGGGGAAGAUGAAUAUAUUGGUGUGCACUCCCGGACGGAUGCUGCAGCAUAUGGACCAGACGGCAGCUUUUGAUACCAAUCACAUUCAAUUACUUGUGCUGGAUGAGGCGGAUCGAAUUAUGGAUAUGGGAUUCCAAAGUACUGUCGACGCCAUUAUCGACCACCUGCCAAAGGAGCGGCAAACGAUGCUGUUCAGCGCAACGCAAACAAAAAAAGUUUCUGAUCUUGCGCGCUUGAGUCUACGGGAUCCCGAAUACGUAUCUGUUCAUGAAACAGCGGCCAGCGCAACUCCAGCGAAGUUACAACAAAAUUACAUCAUUACGCCGCUGCCAGAAAAGUUAGAUACCCUAUGGAGUUUUAUACGAAGCAGUUUGAAGUCUAAAAUCAUAGUGUUCUUCUCGUCGGGGAAACAAGUUCGGUUUGUGUACGAGUCUUUUAGGCAUAUGCGACCUGGGAUUCCCCUUCUUCAUUUACAUGGGCGCCAGAAACAAGGCGCCAGGGUAGAUAUUACAAAGAAAUUUUCUGCGGCUAAGUAUUCGUGCUUGUUUGCUACGGAUAUUGCUGCGAGGGGCCUGGAUUUCCCGGCUGUCGACUGGGUUAUUCAGGUUGACUGCCCAGAGGACGCAGACACAUAUAUCCACCGAGCAGGUCGAACUGCGCGCUACGAACGCAACGGGCGAGCAGUUCUGUUCCUAGAGCCCAGUGAGGAGGCGGGAAUGUUAAAGCGGCUGGAACAGAAGAAAAUACCCAUCGAAAAAAUUAAUGUCCGUUCCAAGAAACAGCAGAGUAUUAAAAACCAGUUGCAGAAUAUGUGUUUUAAAGACCCAUCUUUGAAAUACCUUGGACAGAAAGCUUUUAUAUCCUACGUCAAAUCCAUCCAUGUGCAGAGGGAUAAGGAGGUUUUUGAUGUGAAAGACUUGCCCAAAACAAGAAUAUGCCGCGAGCUUGGGACUACCUGGUCCCCCACCCGCUCAAGUUUAUCAAGGCGUCGAUUUGACGCAGGCGAUGAUAAUCUCGGCGAAGUAGCAUCUGAUAGUGACUCCAAUACGACGAAACCCAAGCCUAAAGUGGUACAAAUACCUGGUAUCGAACCACUUAUCAUAGAUUCUCACCGUCGAGAGAAACUUCUGAAGUCGAAGAAGAAGCUGCUUAAAUACAAGGGCAAAGGGUCGAAAUUGGUCUUCGAUGAAGAUGGGAACCCGCACGAAGUGUAUGAAAUGGAAGAUGAGGACGACUUCAAGAAACAGGGUUCUGCAGAUGCGCAGCGGGCCAAGUUCCUGGAGCUAGAGGCCGAGCGGACUAGACUUGCAGAUAUCCGCGACAAAGAAAUUGCGAAACAAAAGAAACGGGAGAGAAAGGAGAAAAGGAAAGAAAGGGCAAGACUGGCCAAGGAAACAGGCGACGCUGGAGGGUCAGCAGUGCUUGCGCCAUUUGAUGAAGACAUUGAAGGAGAUGAUGACCUUAGCCAGGCUUCCGGCACCGGGCAAGUUCCCGGAGAGGCCCAUCUGAGUAAAAAGCAAAAGAAAUGGUCCCAAGACUCGUCUGGGGAUGAACAUGGGGAGAAGAAGGGCCGCGGCCGUUCGAAACGUAGUCAGGCAAAUGGGCCCGUUGCGAUUGAAACUUUGGAGGAUCUGGAGACUCUUGCUGCUGGGCUUCUGGGCUAA